GCCCAGCAGCGGGCGCGCAGCCCACGGCCGAGGAGUCGAAGGCAGCCGACGCUGCGACCGGCAUCUACCCGCAGGGCAGCACGCGGCUGCGCCGGCCCCGAGCGCGGCGCCCGCCGCCAGCGGCUGGACUGUGCGAGUCCAAGGAAAGCGCCAUUAGCCUCAGCUCCUUCGACGCGGUGGACACCAG